GGGAAGGACCUCCUGGCAGGGAUCUGGCAGCAGCAUAAGACGAAUGAGACUUCAUGAUGGCUGAAUACCACAUCCGCGCUUUCGAGGACAGAGACCACGAGGCAGUGCGCACCAUCUUCUCCGACGGCGCGGCUGAGUAUGUUCCAGUCGGCUGUUGGCAUGUUCUCCGGUGCCCUCAGAUCCACCUGCAGCUGUUGGCCGUCUUCCUCGUGGCUUAUGUGGUCUCAGCUUCUUUCCUCUUCUCCUGCGGAGUGGUGGCAACCUUUUGGGUAACGGGAUGGAUGCGCAUGAAGGGCGUGUGGGCCGAGUACACCCAAGCUGCGCUCGUCAGAGACAUGCUGGACAUCCGGAAAACCUACCUGGAACCCAAAGACUGUUGCCUUUGGGUGGCAACGUCCGGAGAGGAAGUGGUAGGGAUGGUGGCCGCUGUUCACCCAGAAGACCCGUCGCAGUGGGGCAAGGCGCUGGAGUUGAAGCGCAUGUCGGUGGCCAAGGGACACAGGGGCCGUGGGCUCUCCAAGGCGCUGACCAGGACCGUCAUCUGCUUUGCCCAGGAGCGAGGGUACAAGGGGGUGGUCCUGAGCACUUCCAUGUUGCAGUAUGCGGCUCAGCGUGUCUACGAGGGAAUGGGCUUCCGGAAGGUCAAAGCGGAGAGCCCCUCUCUUUUGGCGAAGCUGCUGCAGUUCCACAUGUACUACUAUCACUACGAGAUUGCUGGGUCACAUUGAUGACUUUCUCCAGAAAGGAAUCUGGAAGAUUCUCCAGCAGGUGCUGGGCUGCAGCUGUGGCUCAGCGGCAGAGCGUUUGCUUGGCUUGCAGGAAAAGCCCCUGGUUCGAUCCUCAUCAUCUCAUAGAAUCAUAGAGCUGGAAGGGCCAAACUUGGCUGCCUAGUCCAAACCCCUGCUCAGUACAGGUAGAGUAGGGGUGGCCAACCUAUGGUGCUCCAGAUGUCCAUGGACUACAAUUCCCAUGAGCCCCUGCCAGCAACUCUGGCCCUCCAAAUAUUAAUGGACUACAAUUCCCAUCAACCUCUGCCAGAUGAGAAUUGUAGUCCAUGAACAUCUAGAGGAUCAUAGAUUGGAGACCCCUGUUUUGGAACAUCUUGACCUUUAAAUUUGCUGUAAGCUAGUCUGUUCCUCUGUGAGUGCUGCUAUAAAUGUAUAUUUUAAGAGGAAGAAAGAAGCAUUCUCCUUGCCCUUGAAGGACUAAGCCAGUGAUGGCGAACCUU